CUAGUAUUUCCAACAUUCAGCUUUACACAAACGGCUGUCCAGAAUCAUCCUCAUCCUCUUGUCCUUCACCAGUACAAACAACAGGCAGCUUUCCAAAAAUGGAUGACAUGGGAACUGAGGGGAAAACCUCCUCUUCUUCAUUUGGAUAUGAAAGCGAUGAGGAGGAGGAUGCAGACUGUAAAGAAAUCUGCCUCAGUAACCGGAGAGGUGGGUGCAGGCAUGCUUCGCAACUGCUGCAGUCGCAACACAGCUACACCAGUGAAACCAAUAGUAACAAUAAUGAUGAAGCACAUUAUAUCACAACCCAUGAAAUCCAGCUUAGUGAAGUAGACCAUGACAUGGACUUUGAUUAUGGAUUAGCCUCCCGAUGGGACUUUGAGGACAACAAUGUAAUUUAUUCCUUUGUGGAUUAUGCUUCCUUUGGGAGUGAAGACACCCUUGCAGACACGCAGACGGAAGAGGACAAUAGCUGUUACCUCAGCACGACCACCAGUGAUCCUAAUAAUCAGACAGACAGUAUUGAUAAUACCAGCAGUACAGAGAUAGUCAGCAUUAAUUCUGAAAAUGAUACCCCUAGCACAGACAAAUGCGCCAGCUCGGAAGAAAAUCAGUCCAAGAACCUCAGCAACAUGAGUGAGAAUUCUGCAGGCCAGAUACUCCUAUCAAUCAAACCAACUUCCAGGGCUAUAAAUGAGCCUAGCAACCAGCACGAAAAGCAAAACAUUAUUUAUGCUGCCAAGCAUGAAGGCGACAUGAGCGUCUGUGUCUCCACAGCUCAUGAACGAAAUACAAGUUUAAAACAAGAUGUGUUUCAUGACUAUGCAAAAAAAUUCAUUGCAGUACCUGCACGCUUGCAGACAAAGUGUGGAGCCAUAAGGGCAAGGGAACUGGGAGGCUAUUCAAGCGGUGCUUCCAGUGUGGUGAGUGAACUGGACGAUGCAGACAAAGAAGUAAGGAGCCUGACCGCAAGGGCGUUCCGGAGCUUAGCUUAUCCCUACUUUGAUACCCUGAACCUGAGCUCCAGUGAAUCCUCUACAUCACUUUCAGAUCAUACCUUGGGAAUCAACCGGUGGUCAACUUACUUGGACUUAAAGUGUGGCGGCCUUGGGCAGAAAGCAGAACAGCAUUUCAAAAGCAGCACAGCUUCUGCUGGAUGGAACAAAAGCACCGGGGCAAAGACAUCCAGCGACCAGUUCUACAUUCACUCCAAUAAGUCGCAGACGAAAGCAUUAGAGUUUGUUGUCAGCAAGCUUGAUGGGGAAAUAGCGCAUGUUGAGACGCCACCUUGCUUUGAAAAACGGAUACAGUCAGGCUCCCGGGUUGUUACUUUGUUGGAGACUUUGAAUUUCAGCAGCAAUAUUAAUGCGGGUGUCCCCAGACCUGCUAAACCUUUGGAAAAUGCUGCUGCUGGAUCAGGUUGCACAGAUGAGAUUACAGAAACACUGCCAAAGGAGCUGGGCAAUGAAGCUUGCAAACAAACUGGGCUGGCUGCAGAAACCAUGGAAGGCACGCAGAAGAAGUCAAAAUUUGCCUCCAGCCUCCUCAAAAAUGUUAUCUCAAAGAAAAUGCAACUGGAGCAUGAGUUCAAAAUGGAAAGGGGAGAGAUCACAGACAACACAUAUUCUGGUAUGUCCAACUCUUUAUCUUAUAAAGAGGUGGAUGCCACCUCCAAAGAGAAAUUAAGGGAUGGGGGUUUGCAGAGACAGAAUUCUAGGUAUUCAGAGGGUAGCUCUGACUACACUAUUGUAACAGCCGAUGAUUUGGGAGAGUUUUUUGAAAGCAAGUCCCCUACCUCCAAGCGGUCUACUCCCCGGGAGGGAAAUAUUAGCCUGGAACGAUCCAUUUCAGAGACACACUUGGAAGAGGCGUGCAAAAUAAAAGAGAGUGCUUCUGAAAUUCUCAAGGCAACUUUCCUUCGUAGCCAGAACAGUGCGUUUAGAACAUGGAAAGAAAAAGAAGCAGGAAAAAAAGAGGAGAACGCGCUGGUGGGGAAACUGAAAACUUCACCCAAAAGUGACUGGAAGGCUGAUUUAGGAGAAAUCUCAGCCAGCAAGUCAACUAAAAUGUCUCGCCUCUUUGUCCCAAAUAUUCAACAAACAAGCAAAGAAAAGCAACCCAGCAAACAGGUGACAAAAUAUUCUACAGAAACCAGGGCAGAAGCUCAGACUGCCACUGCCACCACGAUGAUUAAGCCCAAAGCUCCUGAAAUCAAGAUCAGUUUGGGUAGUGUGCAACAGAACAAAGACCAUCCUUUCAAUAUCGCUAAGCUCCUCACACCUAAGAUAGCUGGAAAUGUCCCAAACUUUUUCAAGGCAGCUGAAGAUACCAGAUGCCAGCCACAAAAACAACUCAAAGGUGAGGGUGUGGAUAAAGUGCCCCAGUUCCUGGUUCGCGAUGUAAGAGAAAGCAAGCCCAAGAUCCAGGGGCCUAUACAUCAGGUAAGAGAUGUCAGAAAGCUAAUCAAAAGUAACUACGGCCAUGAGUCUGCUGAUAACAGUGACAGAGGCAGUGUCAACUCUGAUCAGGGAACCUCUGAACAGAAACCCAAGCAGCUGGUGACAGCCGGCAUUCCCAGGCCUCUGUCUCCCAUGGUGAUAACUUGUCAGGCCGUAAGCAACAGCAAGGAGGACAAGAGGUCCAGCAAGACUACGGAGACGGGGGCCAAAGCAAGCAGCGGAGGCAAGAUGCUGCCUUCCAGCCCAGAGGGGACAAUCCUGGUGCACAGGACCUCAGGGAGGCUGCCCGUGGCUACCAUCGCUCCAAACAAGAGUGACCCUCGUCAGCCCGCUGUGCUGAAGAUAGUCUCCAAAACAUCUGUGCCCUGGAGGCAGCAACCACAGCCUCCACUACAGCCGCAGCCUACAACAGCAGCUGAAAAAAGCAGCAAGGUAGGGCAAUUGGUGGUAGCCGGGGAAGAGGAACUUUCCCGGGAUGAGAUACCCAAACCAUCUGUCACUGUGAACCACCAAGCACUGGAGAAGCUUACAGCGGCAGUCCGGAGCAUGGAGGAGCUCUACAGCUUCAACAAGAAUGAAUGGAAGCGCAAAAGUGACCCCUUGCCUAUAACUGACAGCCAUGUCUUGUCCCUCAUUGCCAGUGAGGAACGGGCCACUGGGACCGUGUCCAGUGCCAGGGAAGAGUCGACAGCCAGUGCCAAGGCAGAGUACCAGGUGGCAGGUCGCAGUGUGCGGCUGGCCACAUCCCCCAACAGCAACGUCGCCGCGAACAGAACUGCACCAGAGCACCAGCCGCGUAGCAGGACUGCCAACCCAACGAAGAAUGUAGAGAAGGUUUCGGCCAAGACAGCUGCCUUUGAGACCCUGGCACAAGCGCAUGAGCGGCCGCGUGGGAUGGGUUUCCGUGGGGAGGCGGCCACGGCAGGGGCUGUGGAGAGGGCCAGAGCUCCAGCAGUGCCCCGCAGCACUUUCACCUUAAACGCCCAAAAGGCCAAGCCUGCUCAGGAGCCCUCACCACCCCCACGAGGCCUCAAAGGCCAGGCUAGGCCUCGCUCCAUUAAACUCUUUGGCGACAAGCUAGGCCCGGCAGAGCUUGACAAGGGGCCCAGGCAGGCGGCUCCCGACUGCGGGAACUACUUGGCCAUCCCGCUCAAGGCUUCGUCUGAGGAGCAAGCCGCAGAAGCAGGAGGCGAAGGUGGCCGCUCGGGCCUCCCUUCUGCAGCUGCGGCAGCGGCCGCCCUGUGCAGCCACCACCAGUCCCUCAGGAGCCAAGCAGCCACCAACCCAGCCAAGGGGCAGCAGCAGCCCGGGCAGGAAAGCAGCAGCGGCGACCCCACCAUUCCUCAGCCUCCUCCACUUCAGCAGCAACCCCAGACAACAGCGGCGGCGAUGGCAGCACCUCAGCUCGAAGUGUCUCCUGCCCAAAUCUUCCCUCAGGCCCUGUCCCUGGCUGCCGCAGCCGCCGCUCUGACGGGGGCCCAGGCCGCACCUUUGCUCUGCUUCUCGCCUCCCAUGCCGGCCCCAUUGCAAACCGCGGCCUCCGUCGCCGAGCCGGCUGCUUUCCCCCCUCCCCAGACGCAGCGCAAGGUGCUGCUGGACCUGAGCACGGGCCAGUGCUACGUGGUGGAGACGCCCGUACAGCAGCCCCCUCAAAAGAGGCGCCUCUUUGACCCCGAGACUGGACAGUAUGUGGAGGUGCCCCUGCCAGCCCAGCUGCCUCCUCCUCCACCGGCAGUGACCCCCAUGAGCCUCCCCAUGUCCCCAUUAGCCCUGGGCACACCACCGGGCACCUACAGUGCGCCCGCUGCAGCCUACAUGAUCUAUCCGGGCUUCCUGCCCGCCGUCCUGCCCACCAGCGCCUUCCAGGGCACACUCGGCCAGCAGCCCAGCGAGCUCAGUUCUGCAGUGGCCGUCGCAUCCAGAAGCACCACCAGCCCCGGGGCGGAGAGCCCUUAUUACAUGCCCACGGGCAAAGCUACCCUGCAGCAGCAGCAAGCACCUGCCGGAGAAGGGAAAGCGCCUCUCAUCAGCAUCACCUCGCAGCCCCUGGGCCCCAGGAUCAUCGCGCCGCCUUCCUUUGAUGGCACCACCAUGCGCUUCGUCGUGGAGCAUCGGUGAUCGAGGCAGCUGAAGGAUGGCUGGUGCUGCGACGGGCACAAAGCGCAAGAAUUUUUCUCCCUUAAUCUGAAAAUAACUUGGUAAUGCUAAACUCUCAUUUUCAUUGCUGCUUUUGCUUUCUCAUGUAUUUUUCAGGCAUUGCUUUGUACAAAAACAAGUGUGAAUGUUUUUCAUGUUUGCAUAAUGCCCUAUGUUUUGGAAUUAUGC